UGAAAACCCUAACUCAGUAUACCCUGGCUUUCGUGUCUCUGCCUCUCACUCACAGCUUCUCUUCCGUCGCCACCCUCCCUCCCUCCCAACCGCACCACCUCCCUCACCGCCUCACCUUUCGCCGGCGACCACGAAGGAGCUCUCCACCACCAACAAGAAGGGUGAAAUCCUUGUAAAGAGGAGCUCUCCAGUUCACCACAAACCAGAUUGAUUAUUUGUGAUGGAACACGGGUCGCACUCUGAUGAGAGUAAAUCAACAUUUUCUCUGACAGAUGAGGAUCAUACUUUUGCAAACGCUAUCAGAUACUCCUUGAAUCAAGAUCCAAGAGUGACAUUUUGUGGGUACAGCAUUCCUCAUCCUUCAGAUAAUCGUGUCAAUAUUAGAGUCCAAACAACAGGGGAACCAGCCCGUGAGGUGCUAAAAGAUUCAUGUCAGCAUAUGAUGCUUAUGUGCCAGCAUGUCAAGGGCACUUUUGAUAAGGCGGUCAACGACUUUAAAAGUAAAAAGGGUGGGAAGGAUAUGGAUAUCGAUUAGCGUAUUAGUUGUAGUUUUAUGUUAAUUGAAGUUGAUUUUGAUGCGUAUUGCUGGGAAAAAAAUUCAGCACUACUAGAACACAUACUUCACAUCUUAGAGCAUGAAACAUGGCAUCUCAAUAUUCUGAUACAUCAUAUUAAAUGGCUUAUUAAAUUAAAAGUGAAUGUUAUUUGAAAUUUUUUCGAAGUGGUAGAAAUAACCUAUAGACGGAUUGUAACUUGUAAUUUAACAACAAUGAUUAGAAGCUUCUGCAAUGUAUUAGUUUUUUCAUCCUUUUCCCA